UCGGUAACGGUCAGUAACGGUCGGUCAGAUGAUGAAGAUGAUGCUGCUUCUUCAGCUCGGCGGUCCCGUGUCUUCUCGUGGAGUAUGGCUGGUCAGCGUUAAGCUAGGUUGCAGUGAUCAGGAGGUCUGAGGUGAGACGAGGGAUCAUGGGAGAUGGAGGACCUCUGCAGACUGAGGGGAACGCCCUCCUCAAAGCCGUCUUCCAGGGGAAGCUGAGGCUGACCCGCCUGCUGCUGGAGGGCGGCGCCUACAUCAAUGAGGGUAACGAGCGCGGAGAGACCCCCAUUUCCGCUGCCUGCUUGGCGAACUACGAUGACCCGCAGGCCCGGCAAAGGAUGGUUCGGUACCUGCUGGAGAAAGGGGCGGACCCGAACAUCCCCGAUAAGAGCGGGAGGACGGCGCUGAUGCACGCCUGCGCUGAGCAGGCGGGGAAGGAGGUGGUGUCACUACUGCUCGAGAACGGAGCUGAUCCCAGCCUCAGAGACUACUCUGGUUCCUCUGCGCUCGUCCACGCUAUCAACAAGGGCGACCGCGACACCCUACAGGUCCUGCUGGACGCCUGCAAGGCCAAAGGCAAGGAGGUGAUCAUAAUCACCACUGAUACAUCUCCAUCAGGCACCAAGAAGACCAAACAGUACCUCAACUCUCCCCCCUCCCCAGGCAUUGUGGACAAGUUGUCUCCAGCCUGCAUGUCUCCCUCUGAGGUGGAGAUCGGCACCUCCUCGCCUGCAGGAGAUAAAAGCGAUGAGGGGAUCUUCAGCUUCGCCCUCACCUCAGCUUUACCUUUACCUUCAGCUCGACCUCCAGGUGAGAAGAGGCCGCCACCUCGCAAGCUGCUGAAGAGGCUGAACUCGGAGCCCUGGGGCCUGGUGGCGCCCUCGGUGCUGGUUCCUCAGGAUCGGGUGGAUGGAGGUCUGGAGGAAGAGGGCGGCUGUGAUCUCAGCAGGACGAUCACUGAGCUCAACGGCCUGUCCAUCACAGAACCGGUCAGACCUUUGCUGUCACGGCGACACAGCAUCGAGACCCACGACCCCUGUUCCCCCAAACUCAUCGACCGGUCCUGCUCCGAGGACUGCGCAGCACUCUCUGGAUCCUGGGCCGACAAAGUCCAACAGCACCAGAUCCUUUACCGCAGGAACACGGCCCCGGAGUCCCAGGAGAAUGCCGGAGGACCUGGGGCAGUUGCGGCCCGUGCCCUGGCUCACCCCAAACUGACUCGGAUGGAGCACUACGAGUCGGACACCCAUCUCUGCCCAGAGUCCAUCCCUGGAUCUCCAGACUCUGGUCGGGUGUCUGUGGAGCGAAGGAGGUACAACGCCUCGCCCCUGUCCCUGGUCACGAGCUCCUCCAGAGAGUCUCUUGAGAACAUCCCCAACUCGGUGUCCCCUAUGACCAUGCGCCGGCGUCCGCCUGGGCUCCUGGAGCGCCGGGGCUCCGGAACUCUCUUGCUGGACCACAUUUCCCACACCAGGCCCGGCUUCCUGCCUCCACUCAACAUCAACCCCCAGAGACCCAUCCCCGACAUCCGGGCCAAUGGUAAGCCCACCUCCCCAGUCCACUCUGGACACAAGAUCCUGGUUCCGGUGGCCCCGGCCUCGCCCAAACGGGGCCCGGACUUCAAGAUGAAGAAGAAGCUGAUGAGGAGACACUCGAUGCAGACGGAGCAGAUGAAACAGCUCUCCACCUUCCAGGAGAUCCUUGCUGAGAAGGUCAUCGAGUCCAAUGGGGAUUGA